UCCGAAGACAAAAAACUAAUAUUAAUUAAACUUUAUCGCACCGAAAACGUUACGAUUAAUUCUCAAAAUAAAUAUUAUAAAAUAAUAUAGAUACUUCGUAUUGGAAUAUUAAAAAAAAGUGAGUUUUAAAUGGUUUCCGACGAUAGCCGAGCGUUGCACAUGGAACCAGUUCCAACCGGUUUUGGAAAACGAAGUCGAUUUGUGUGAUCGUCGUUUUCGUUUGUCGUGGUUUCGGUGUAAACGUUUUCCCCACUUCUGUCGUUUGUCAUUUCAAAAGUUCCAAGGUGGCUGAAGAAGUGAAUCUUUAUGACUUCCGUGAAAGUAGAUGGGAUGAAGCAACCUGUAACAUUUGGGGGCCCAGUGAAUGGGAACAUGGCCACACUAGCUGAUCAGGCAGCAAGACUCUUGGAUUUUAGUCAGAAGUUGGAUAUAAAUCUUCUUGAUAGUGUAGUUAAUUGCAUGUAUACUGGUGAAGGACCUCAGCAACGAAUUGCACAGGAAGUGCUUACAACUUUAAAAGAACAUCCGGAUGCUUGGACAAGGGUAGAUACCAUAUUAGAAUUUUCUAAAAAUCAACAAACAAAAUAUUAUGCUUUACAAAUUUUGGAGAAUGUUAUAAAAACUAGAUGGAAAGUUCUUCCGAGGCACCAAUGUGAAGGAAUAAAAAAAUACAUUGUUGGUUUGAUAAUUAAAACAUCCUCUGAUCCUGAAAGCUUGGAAAAGGAAAGAGUUUACUUAAAUAAAUUGAAUAUGAUUUUAGUGCAGAUAUUAAAAAGAGAGUGGCCAAAAAAUUGGCCAACUUUUAUAAGUGAUAUUGUAGGAGCCAGUAAAACCAAUGAAAGCCUUUGUCAAAAUAAUAUGAAUAUCUUGAAACUUUUAAGUGAAGAAGUAUUUGAUUUCUCAAGUGGACAAAUGACGCAAGCAAAGGCCAAGCAUUUGAAAGAUACUAUGUGUAGUGAAUUUUCUCAGAUUUUUCAAUUAUGUCAGUUUGUUAUGGAAAAUUCUCAGAAUGCUCUACUUGUCCAUGCUACAUUAGAAACACUCUUAAGAUUUUUAAACUGGAUUCCUCUUGGUUAUAUAUUUGAAACAAAAUUAAUAAGCACUCUCAUUUAUAAGUUUUUAAAUGUACCAAUGUUCAGAAAUGUUACAUUGAAGUGUCUGAAUGAAAUAGUAUAGAUAACUAUUAAUGAUGAAAUGUUUUGACAAUUAUUUAUUGAGACGUAGUCACAAUGCCAGGCUAUGCUCCCUCCAUCAACAAAUAUUAAAGAUGCUUAUUCUAAUGGUCAAGAUGAAGAACAAAAAUUUAUACAAAAUUUGAGUUUAUUUUUAUGUACUUACUUAAAAGAACAUGGAAAUUUGAUUGAGAAACGUUCAGAUUUACAAGAUACUUUACUUGCAGCAUUGCAUUAUUUACUUUUGAUAUCAGAAGUUGAAGAAGUAGAAAUUUUUAAAAUCUGUUUGGAAUAUUGGAAUGCAUUAGCAGCAGAUUUGUACAGAGAGAACCCUUUUACUGGUGUUUCUGCAACACCACUUAUUUUACCACGUGGUCCUAAUUCAGUUGUGCCACUCAGAAGACAGUUAUAUCAACCAGUUCUUACAAAGCUUCGUUAUAUAAUGAUUGGGAGAAUGGCUAAACCUGAAGAAGUGCUUGUUGUUGAAAAUGAACAAGGAGAGGUUGUUAGAGAAUUUAUGAAAGAUACAGAUUCAAUUCAGUUAUAUAAAAACAUGAGAGAGACUCUUGUAUAUCUUACUCAUCUGGACUAUAAUGAUACCGAGAGAAUUAUGACAGAAAAGCUUCAUAAUCAGGUUAAUGGAACAGAAUGGUCAUGGAAAAAUUUGAAUACAUUAUGUUGGGCUAUAGGUUCAAUUAGUGGUGCAAUGUAUGAGGAAGAUGAAAAGAGAUUUCUAGUCACUGUUAUAAAAGAUCUUCUUGGUUUAUGUGAACAGAAACGAGGGAAAGAUAACAAAGCAAUUAUUGCAUCAAAUAUAAUGUAUGUUGUUGGACAAUAUCCAAGGUUCCUGCGUGCCCAUUGGAAAUUUCUGAAAACAGUUGUAAACAAAUUGUUUGAAUUUAUGCAUGAAACUCACGAUGGUGUGCAAGAUAUGGCAUGUGAUACUUUUAUAAAAAUUGCACAGAAGUGUAGACGACAUUUUGUUCAGAUUCAAGUGGGAGAAAUAAUGCCAUUCAUUGAAGAAAUAUUAAAUAAUAUCAAUACAAUAAUUUGUGAUUUACAACCUCAGCAGGUGCAUACAUUUUAUGAAGCUGUUGGAUGUAUGAUAAGUGCACAAACAGAUCAACUUGUUCAAGAGCAUUUAAUAGAAAAAUAUAUGUUACUUCCUAAUCAAGUUUGGGAUGAUAUCAUUACCUUUGAUUCAGAAAAUGUUUUUGGAAAUGUCCUAAAAGAGUUCAAUAUGGGGAAGAAUGAUAGUAGUAUAUGUAGCAAGAAUUUUUAAAAAAAUAACAACUUUAUUUUUCAGUUAGGAAGAAUUUAUUUGGAUAUGUUAAAUGUAUAUAAAGUAAUGAGUGAAAAUAUCAGUGCUGCUAUUGCAUUAAAUGGAGAAAGUGUUACAAAACAGCCGCUUAUUAGAAGUAUGAGAACAGUAAAAAAAGAAACAUUAAAACUGAUUUCUGGUUGGGUUAGCAGAUCUACAGAUCCACAAAUGGUUCUUGAAAAUUUUAUACCACCAUUAUUAGAUGCAGUUUUAUUAGAUUAUCAACGAUGUAGUGUUCCGUCAGCUAGAGAGCCUGAAGUUUUAUCAACUAUGGCAACAAUAGUAAACAGGCUAGAGAAUCAUAUAACUUCAGAAAUUCCUGAAAUAUUUGAUGCUGUUUUUGAGUGUACUCUUGAUAUGAUUAACAAGGAUUUUGAAGAAUUUCCUGAACACAGAUCAAAUUUUUUUUUACUUCUGCAUGCUGCUGUUAGUCACUGUUUUCCUGCAUUACUGAAUAUCCCACCAACACAGUUUAAACUUGUGCUUGAUUCUAUUAUCUGGGCAUUCAAGCAUACAAUGAGAAAUGUUGCAGAUACAGGUUUGCAGAUACUUUAUCAGUUACUACAAAAUAUAGGUCAGGAAGAUGCGGCAGCACAAAGUUUCUAUCGAACAUAUUAUACAGAUAUAUUACAGCAUUUAUUUUCUGUUGUCACGGAUACUUCUCAUACUGCAGGUUUAACAAUGCAAGCUACUAUACUAGCCUACAUGUUUGGCAUUAUAGAAGCAGGAAAGAUAACAAUGCCAUUAAAUCCUGUUCAGCAAGCCAACAGUCAAAGUAAUGUAGUGUAUGUGCAAGAAUUUGUAGCAAGACUUUUAAAAACUGCAUUUCCUCAUCUCACAGAUGCACAGAUAAAAAUUACAGUUCAAGGUUUUUUUAACUUGGAUGCUGAUAUUCCUGCCUUUAAAGAACAUUUAAGAGACUUUCUUGUACAGAUAAGAGAAUUUGCUGGCGAAGAUAAUAGUGAUCUGUUCCUGGAAGAACGCGAAGCCGCUCUGAGACAGGCAGAGGAAGAAAAACGGAAAAUUCAAAUGUCCGUACCUGGCAUUCUCAAUCCUCAUGAAAUUCCAGAAGAAAUGCAAGACUGAACUUCUGGAUGUGCGUGUAAUGCUGUGAACUGAUGUAAUGUGCGAGUGAAUCCCAUUAAGACAUGGUAUUAUUUUCCAUGUCAUUUCAUCUUUCUUUUUUACCAUAUUUGAAUGCCAUUAAGUUAUGUUGUGGAAUUGAUGGUAUGUGUCAGGAUAUGUAUGUAGUGUGAAUGAAGAUAUCUUACCCAAAUCCUGUAGAUAAACAAUCAUUUGAGUAAGAUGUCAGUAAUUUGACAUUGGUACGGCAUUCUCCUUUUUUUGGAGGGCUAAUCAUGGUGUUUUUUUUCUGUGGCUGUAAAUAAACAUCAUUCACAAUGCUUUAUUCAUCUCUUCAUAAAGAGUGCUAAUUGUCAUUUUACAAUUAACAGCGUUCUACAAGUCAAGUUACUUUGUUAGUGUUAUCUUGCAGUCUUCUAGACAACUUUAGUCAAAAUAGACAUGUCUGGAAGAUUGCAAUUAUUAUGCUGCUUUUUUGGGCAGAAAGACCUUGUGUUGUAAACUACCCAUUUCCAUCAAUUCAGGAAUAAUUUUAUAUAUAUAUAUAUUUAAAUAUAUAUAUAAAUAUAUAAAUGUGUGGGCAUAUAUAUAUAUGUAUAUGUAUAUAUAUAUAAUAUAUAUGCGCACACAUAUAUAAAUUCCCUUAAAUAUUUAGUUCUAGAACUACCGUGUGGUGUUUGUCAUGCACUUGCAUCCAUUGGAUGAGUUUCGCGUCCACUUUUUGUGGAUCGUGUUAUCUAAUGUAAUGUAGUACUAGAUAUCAGUGAUUGUUGAGGGAUUUUUCAAUAAAAGAUAGAAAAAAUAUUGUAUUUGUUUUCUUCCCAAUAUUUUAUAGUGCAGAUUUAUCAUCAAAAAGUCUCUGCAGGUGCUUUUACAAAAUGUGUAAAUUAUUGUUUUAAACUCAAACCUUUCAUUUGUCUACAGUGAAGCACUUUUUAAAAAAAAAUAAUUAAGUCUUUCUAAUAAAACUCUGCUAUUUAAACCCUUGUUUAACCAGA